GUAUUGACUGACCGACGGGCGUAAGCACCAAACUUAUUUAAUUCAGGGAUGUUUGCUCGAAGUCUUAUUUUCCUGGAAUAUCACGUAUAUUCUCUAUCAUCAGCUACCAAUUAUUGGUCUUGUUUUGCGCCUCAGCUCGUGUUCACGGCGCCAAUGAGGGAGAGAUUGUUGUUUUGUUGAUGAGUUGAUGAGUUGAUGAAACUCCGUCCUCUUCUUCCUUUCUUCCUUUCUUCCUUCCUUCCUGACUGACUGCCGCUUUCCCCUCUUCUGUCUGUCUGCUUUCUCUUCCUCUUUCAUACACUCCCUCUCACUCACUCACUCACUCAUUCUCUCUCUCUCUCACUACCACGGCUUGCUUGAACUUCAGCCUUCCUUCAUUUCUCUUCUCUCUUCCUCCCUCCCUCUAUCUCCAUGCCCCUCUUUCGCCGCAAAGCCAAAUUGCCUGCCGCUGUCGCGUCUGCAUUCCGAUCGGUUGAGCAUCUGGCCCCUCGCGUCGAGCACCGACCCGACGAUCGGCCCCGUCGCCUGUCGUCUUCCUCGUCCACUUCUUCUUUCUCCUCCUCCACCGCCCGCGAUCCCCCUCUGCCUCAGCCUCAGCCUCAGCAUCCCCACGCCCAUCCACACCCUCACGUUCAGUCCCAUUCGCACUCGUCUUCCCCUUUUACAACCUCCUCGUCUUCCCCCCAACCUCCUCCCUACUCCUCUUCUAUCCAACGUUCCAAGAGUCACCGCAGCCCCCGAGAACAUCCUCACCCGUCGUGGCCACUUCCCGACCAGCCUACCGAGCAGGAAGUCCAGGAACCACGCAAGUCCCGCCGCAGUCUUUUCUCCUUGCAUUCCUCCGCCACGACCCGCGACUCAUCCGGCCUGGUGCAGCGGAAUCGGUCUGUGAAGAAGCUCUCCGCCGCCGGUCGCCGGAAUAAGCAUCAGCGACCGUUGUCUGUCGACACCAGCGCCGACCGCCGUCCCGCCUCGGCCUGGACACCUGAGCAUGACUUAGACGCCGCCUAUUCUCCACCGUCGUCGCAAGAGCAUAUCCAUCCCCACGCACAGUCGCAGCCACAGCUACAGUCGUGGCCGCAGCCGCAAGCACGAUCCGAACAGCUUGCGUCGCAACCACGGUUGGACCAGACCCCGCAGCCGCUGUCGCAAGCUUCGUCGCCACAUCCCCCACCCCAGGAACAACUGCCGCCGCAGCUACGGUCGGGCGUUCACCCAAGUCGCUGGGAUUCACAACCGCAGCGCCAGCCGCAACCUCAGCCGCAACCUCGUGCGUAUCCAUCGUUACGAGCGGUCCCUCCCACCUCAUUCCACAUGCCGCAGAAUACCGUGCCGGCGCUAGAAUCCCGACCGCCCCGUUCCCCGCACCCUUUAAUCCAACGAUCCAAUACCGAUUCGGGGUUGCUGGAUCAUUUAGCCCGGUCGUCUCCUAUUGAACCGCCUCGAACGCAAGGCGAACUGUUUCCGACGCAGCCUCAACUAGACCCAACUUCGGUGGGUGCACGCCCGCCGUCGAGACAGUCUAUCGGACCCCCAUCUCCGUUGCGUCCGUUGCCUACAGCACAACCCGAAUCCCCCAGUGGUAUGACAGAGCGUCCCUCAGGUGGGCUGCAGGACAGCAGCAGCAAUCAACCAGCAUCUGGCGCCAGCCACACCUUGCACGUGUCGAACAACUCGUCGGAUACCGGAUAUCGGACGAAUGCCGCUCAACCUGGUGCCGACGCAGGACGCAGCACUCCCACUGCACGAGAGACUCGCGACACCCGUCGCGAGGCUCGCGAUGAGCCAAAUGAGAUAGACGUGCGCGCCUUGGUGCAGAAACAUGAUGAGCUUCAAGCCAAAUAUUCCAAAGUCAAACGCUACUACUUUGAGAAAGAAGCCCAGGUGCAGCACCUGCAGAACACGGUCGCGCACCAACGCAUGGCAGUCUCCCGCACCGUACUGGACGACAAUGAGUACGCGAGUCGCUUCUCCCGCCUAGACGGCGCGAUCAAAGACCUGGCUUUCUCCAUCCGCAAAGACUGGGCGCGUCUUCCGACGUGGCUGACCGGCUAUGUCAACGAUGACGCUCACACCACCGGGACAAAAGAGAUGACUGCCAUCGGCCGCGCCGUGAUGAGCCGGUGGCUCGUCGAGGAGAUUUUCGAACGCUACUUCCACCCUGCUCUUGAACCGACCCUCUCCCGGGCCUUGAAAGACAUUGAAAUGAAUCUUCGUCGGCAGCAGGUCCAGGUGGCCGUGACGACGGACGAAGACCGCGAGAACGCGGUCGCGCGGAUCAGCAACUGGCGCCGUACGACCCUGGACGGUCUCCCGGAGUUGCAGGGCGCGCAAGCCGGCGACUUCCGCGCACAACUGAUCGAGCGGUUGGUCGGAAGCCUGGUGUCGACGUUGACGGCGUAUCUGCACGAGACGCAGACCCCAGGCUUGACCGUGACGGCCGGCCUGGAGAACGGGGCACGGAUGAUUGUCGAGAACGCCAUCGGCAUCGCCGAGAAGAUCCCCCUCGAAUCGAGAGAUAUCGUGGUCGAGUACGUUCUUCCGGGGGCCGUAGUCAAUGAAGGGACAAUGCGGGUGGAGGCAGGCAUUCCGCCUCUACAGCAGACACAGCAGCAACAGCAGCAGCAGCAGCAGCGAGCACGCAGUGAGUCGACGGGCGCAUCGUUGGAAAUCGAACGCAGUGCAGCGGAGGGAGCUACCAUCCCCGACGACAUGGAGAUGGACCGUGAAGUCGCCGGCGCAGUAGGUGCAGGCGCCGGCUCGCUCAUCCCCGGGAUGGCAGCACCAACAGCAGCAGUAUCAGCAGCACCACCAACAACGACAGCAGCAGGUGUUGUCCCCGACCUAUCCGGCCCCGCUGGGCGAGGCGGUGAGCGCGAAUCCCGCAAACGCUCGAUGUUCAGUUCUCUCAUGGGCCGUCGGACGGGCGGUGGUGGUGCUGGUUCAACAGUCCCGGUAGGAACAGCGGGAGCUGGAGCUGGAGCUGCCCCUGCUCUGCCGGCCGGUCCGGGCUCUGUGUCCAAUGUCACCAUCCCCGGCACAUCCAGCUCUGCUGCUUCGACCAUUGCCGCGACAGAGGACCGCGAGAGAGGCAGCCGUGUCCGGUUUUCGUCGUUCGUGUUGGCCGAGGUUCGGGGUCGGGGGCCGCAGAACGUGCUGGUCAAGGCGCCUGUAUAUAUUGAGUAGAUUCUGCCUGGGCGGCCUGGGGCACACCCAUGUGAGAGAGGGAAAUUCAUUGGCUAGACCUGCUAAAGGAUCAUGUCCUCGGCUGUGUAGGAUCUGAGAUAUGUACAUGUGAAUGUGAUUAGAUGGAUG